AUGGCCAUGCAAAUUGCGACAGGAACGUCGGAGCUGAGAGAUAUCACGAAGAUGGAGCGGAUAGGCGCACACUCCCAUAUUCGUGGCUUAGGACUCGAUGAUAGAUUGGAGCCCCGGGGUAACAGCCAAGGCAUGGUUGGGCAAGGGAAGGCGCGUAAAGCUGCUGGAAUGAUCCUCAAAAUGGUUCAGGAGGGACGGAUCGCUGGUCGAGCGAUGCUCUUCGCGGGACCCCCAUCGACAGGCAAAACGGCGAUCGCUUUAGGGAUGGCCCAGACUCUGGGUGCAGAUGUACCAUUCACCAUGAUCGCUGCUAGCGAGGUGUUCUCACUAUCCAUGUCCAAAACGGAGGCCUUGACGCAGGCAUUCCGACGCAGCAUAGGUGUACGAAUUAAAGAAGAGACCGAACUUAUCGAGGGUGAGGUAGUUGAGAUACAGAUUGAUCGAAGUCUAACCGGCGCAACGAAAACUGGCAAGCUGACUAUCAAAACGACUGACAUGGAGACUAUAUACGACCUGGGAACCAAAAUGAUUGAUGCUUUGGCAAAGGAGAAAGUCGUAGCCGGGGACGUGAUUGCCAUCGACAAAACGUCGGGGAAAAUCACCAAGCUGGGACGCUCGUUCGCUCGUUCCCGAGAUUACGAUGCAAUGGGAGCAGAUACCAAAUUCGUGCAAUGUCCUGAAGGGGAGAUCCAAAAGCGAAAAGAAGUCGUACACACCGUUUCUCUACACGAAAUUGAUGUGAUUAACAGUCGUACCCAAGGCUUCCUGGCGCUGUUUGCGGGAGACACUGGGGAGAUAAAGCCCGAGUUGAGAAACCAGAUCAAUACGAAAGUAGCUGAAUGGCGAGAGGAAGGCAAAGCUGAGAUAAUCCCUGGCGUCCUCUUCAUUGACGAAGUUCACAUGCUCGAUAUCGAAUGUUUCUCUUUCCUCAAUCGCGCGCUUGAGAACGAACUCUCGCCGUUGGUUAUCAUGGCUUCGAAUCGCGGCAUGUCACGGAUCCGGGGCACGAAAUUCCGUAGUCCUCACGGGCUACCUGUAGACCUCCUUGAUCGUGUCCUUAUUGUUAGCACUCAGCCAUACGCGGAGGAGGAUAUCCAGCAGAUCGUCCAGAUUCGAUGUCAAGAAGAGGACGUAACACUCACUGCCGAGGCCACGACGGUUCUUACUUCCAUGGCCAUGCAGACCACCUUGCGCUACGCGCUGAAUCUUAUCUCAUGCGCCCAGGUCAUCGCCCGAAAGCGUAAAGCCGAGAAGGUCGAUGUAGAAGACCUAAGAAGAGCCUACACAUACUUCAUGGACGAAAAACGUAGUGUACAAUGGUUGAAGGAACAGCAGGGCUCCCUGGUGUUUGAGGAAAUACGGGGUGGCGCAGAGAUGGAGGACGACGACAAAAUGGACAGCUCGUGA